AUGCUCACAACACAACCACAGGUAGUCUCAAAUAUCGUCCUCUCAUCUCCACCACUCCGAAGCGUGAUAUAUAAUAACUCUAUUAUUACCAUAACUGAUGACAACAAAAUCCAAACGAGUCAGUUUCUGGAAAACUUCCAAUUAACAAACCCAGUGAUUACAUCAAUAAAGCCGACAGUAUCAUCAAUUGUCCCAACACAAUUUGGACUCUUGUCACAUCAACACUCGCAACCAAUUCAACUUUUAAGUGCGUUGAAAACAAAACCCACUCUUUCAUACAACCCUCUUCCAACAUCAAACUCAACUAUUUACGACAACAAAACGGGGUUUUACACGUAUCACUCUUCGACUCUUUUUAAGUACAAAAUCGACUAUUCAGAGCCUGUCACAUCAAAACGCCUCAAGAUGGGCGCAGUCAGUUCAAUUGCAAAAUUUGGGUCAUCAAAUUUUUUAGCGUGUGGCUCAUAUGACGGAUACUUAUCUGUUGUUGGCGGAGAUGAGAUGGAGGUGUACAACAAAAUCGACUUAAAGAAAGGGAUCACAGCGCUCAGAGUGUUCGACGAUAACAUACUAUUUGUCGCAACACGGAAAGAUGAUAAGAUGUAUGUCUUCGAUUUCAGAAACUUUGCAAAUCCCGUCGCGCUCCUCGUACGGUCCGCUUCGACAAAUCAACGCAUCGGAUUUGAUAUCAUAAACAACACACUUGUGACUGGAAAUGAUAAUGGCAAUCUCUAUUUUUACAACACAAAGACGUUUGCCUUUAUCAAGUCUCUCUGUCUCUCCUAUGCUCCAAUCAAUGACGUCUUUUUCUUUAAUGACGAGCACAACAUAACUAUAACAUCAGGGGAAAGGUACUACGAAACACCAAAAACAGAUUUAAACGACUCAUCUGAUGAUGGGGUUGUGUUAAAAGAAUCCAUCAAAAAGUACAACCUUAUUAACACAUGGAAAAUAUAA